UCCCUGGGUUGAUUCUCGGUCUCGGUUUCGACUCUCGACUCACUGCUUUUUUUAACUCGAACAUCACUAGAAAUUUACCCUUUUUAGUGAGAGAGGUAAAUUUCAGUCCCAAAGAGUCAUCGACCUACGACCUCCUACUAGGUCUUGACUGGCUCUACCACUGAGCUGCUAGAAACUGCUUUCACCUUUUUAUAAAUUUUAAACUCAAAAAAAUUCCCUAUUUAGUAUGUACGGCCAGUGUAUUCAGCUGCUUAAAGUCUAUCCUCAAUGUGUUGCUGGUUAUUGCAGAACGUGCCCCAAUCUUUUACGUGACACGGUUAUAAGGGUUUCUUUAUCACUUUCUGUUGUUUCCGUUUGUGUUUUACUUGCCGCUCUAGUUCUUUUUUCUGCUUUUGAUUCCGUCCAAUGUCGACGCCUAUCUAUACAUAAAAAUCUAGCAGCUGCCUUCGUUCUCCGUUUUGCCAUACUUGCCCUUUGGACGUUUUUAAAUACUCGAAAUGCAUUUCAAGAUUGUACACAAUUUGCGCCUUUACAUUUGAGACAAUGGGAAUGGCUAUGCAAAUCCCUACUUUUUGGUCUUAUUUAUUUUCAAGUUGCUUCAGUUAUGUGGAUGUUGAUAGAAGGGGUUUAUUUAUACAGCAGGUAA